AUGGCGGCGGUAAACACAGACUCCAAAGCCACCGGAGAGCAAAUUAAAGCCAUUUUACGCCGCUGCAGAGGUCGACCCCGGCUGACAGACGCGGAUCGGGCGCAGCGGCGGCUGGAAUCGCGGAAGAAGUACGAUGUGCGGCGCGUCUAUCUGGGAGAAGCACACCAGGUCUGGAGCGAGCUGCGCCGGCGCACGAGCAUGAGCGACGCGGGGCUCGCGGAGUAUUUAAUCCUCCUCAAUUCGGCAUAUGGAGAAAAAUACCAGCGGAAAUACGGCAGGAAGAAAUCCAUUCCUGAACAAUGCAGCAGUCACAGGAAAGGGAAGAAGGUGUCUGCCACCAGCUUGCAGAACGUGGUGAACUGGUACCAGUGUCACCUCCAGUCCUGCCCGCAUGAGCCUGAGCUGCAGGCGGUGGAGCCCACUGUGGGUUUAUCUACAUCUGCACUGUGGCAGUGUGUGGCUGGUCACUCGUUUGUGCAGUACCUGCCCUGGCCUGCAGGGGGCGAGUCUGAGUCAGACGUGGAGGACAGUGCUAUGGAGAAAGAUGAGGAGGACAGGCCUCCAGAGAAGAAAGCUGCUGACAGUGAAAGUAUCAACACCAGGAGAAGGAGACUGCAAAACCACGGGCAGCUGCAGGAUGCAGUCAGUGAGUUGGAAGACGAUGAUGAACAUGCGUCCCAUAUGGACCAUCAGAUGACAUGCACAUCCCUCAAUGAUCUCCCAGGAUCUCCUGCGGCCCACAGCAGUCCUCCCGCCUCAGAGCACUGUCUGGGAGACCAGGCCGUGUGGGAGAUGGAGGUGCUCAUGAACAGAGAAGCCGAGUCUGAUGGAAAAGCCUCGGAUCGGGAUGCGCAGAGAGAGUCGGACCCUGUCACGGAGCAGGCGGACGGUUCAAGAACAUUAGAAAACGAGGAAAAAGGUGGACGGGGCUCGGAGGAGAGAUAUGAAUGCAUGGUUGUCACAGCGCCCUUGACAGACAGGCGGGAGAGGGAGGAUGGACAUGAUGGCUCUGGAAAAGGUGUGGAAGAGAGCAUCCCGUCAUUAGCGGCUGCCUCAGCGCAGAGCGAACUAUUUGAGAGUCAGGAUCUGCAGACGGUGAUGGGCGAAUGUGAUCUACCGGACCAGCACUCUACUCUGGAAGGAUCUCAACUGAUCAUAAUUACAGGCCCUAGUUAUGAGGCUCUGGCGUCCGAAGGCAUUCAGCUGAACGUGGGUGGCGGUGAUGUUGAGGAGGUCACAUGCACUCUGAUCGGAGACAUGUCGUAUAAUCAGAUGUGCCAGUCAGAAGCGACGUCACAGUCCAACGCCGACACAGAUCUGGGUGAGAAGCAGUUGUUGGAUUCCAGUGAAGAAACACACUGUCCGAAGGAGCUUCAGCAAUCUCUCAGUAGGUCUAAGAGGAGCCGGAGGGGUCCCGUAAUCGAGGCAGAUGGCAUGCUGAAGAUGUUUCACUGUCCGUAUGAAGGCUGCAGCCAGGUGUACGUGGCCAUCAGCAGUUUCCAGAAUCAUGUGAACCUGGUGCACAGGAAGGGCCGGACCAAAGUCUGUCCUCAUCCAGGCUGCGGGAAGAAGUUUUAUCUGUCCAACCAUCUUCAUCGGCACAUGAUCAUACACUCAGGUGUACGAGACUUUAUCUGUGAGACGUGCGGCAAGUCGUUCAAACGCAAGAAUCAUUUAGAGGUGCACAGACGAACACACACGGGAGAGACGCCGUUACAAUGUGAGAUAUGUGGGUAUCAGUGUCGACAGCGAGCGUCACUCAACUGGCACAUGAGGAAACACACGUCUGAAGCCCACUUCAACUACACGUGCGAGCACUGCGGUAAACGCUUCGAGAAACUCGACAGCGUCAAGUUCCACAAACUUAAAAGCCAUCCAGACAAACAGCCCACCUGAAAGACGCUUAAAGAAAGGGGGAAAAGAGCAUUAGUAUGUUUAUAAAGUUAAACAAAGUGUUUCUUAAGCAGUAAUUGCAUUGUGCACUUUUAGUAAAAACUUUUUGUAAAAAUCAAGACCUCCUUGAUGAAUAAUCGAAUAGAGGACAAAUGAGAGACAUUGAUCCAGAGAAUCAAAACCAUUCGUUUUCUUGUCUAAGUAUGUUCUUUUUUUUUUCUCAUUCCUGUGCUGGACACAGAAAAACAAAACUACUUCUUCUGCUGUCACUGCAUGGACAAACAUAUUAAAGUUUACACCUGUUUUUUUUUUGUUAAUCCCAUAUUUUAAUCAUACAGUCCAAAUCAGGGUGAUGUAAUUAAUGUACAUCUGCUGUAGCUCGCAGAAAAACAUACUGCUUCAUAAAACCCUUUAUUUUACAUUGUCUUGUCCAAUCCACGUUUAAAAACUUAUGUUAGGAAAUAGCCUUGUAUGUAACCCGAAAUAUUCCUAAGUUAUUAUAUAUUGUCAUGUAUAUUAACUUCAGCGGUUGUUCAUUUUCACCAUACAUUUCAAUUGUAAGCACAUAAUUGUCAACACAUCAUUUUUUACAAUUUUCUUUCUUGGUAACACUUUACAAUAAGGUCUCAUUUGUGGCACAAUGUGUAAGAUUUUUAGAUUAAAAUAUCCCAAAAUCACUACAACAGUGUUAUAUAUUUUGUUGACUUGUGUACUUACAUUAUCCCAGAUGUUUCCAAGAGUGUUUAAAUCCAGAGAAAUAAGCAGUUUUAACCAAUACACCUCCCAUGUUUCCGCGAAAUCAAGGCAUCAUCAAGCUACGCCUUUUUGAUUUGAAUAAGCGACCUCUAGUGGCGAAAAAUUACAUAUUGUGCCUUUAACAUUCAUUAUUGUAUUUGUUAACAUGAGCUAAUAAUGCACAAUGUAUUCUUUAGAGUAAAAAAUCUUUGUUAAUGUUAGUUAAUAAAAAAUUAGUGUAAAGCAAUUCAUUGUUCAUGUUCACAGUAAAAAAUUGUAUUAAUAUUAAAAUAAACAUUGACUAAAAUUAAUGGUAAAACUUUACAAUCAUUAGCUAACAUGAACUAACAAUGAGCAAUAUAUUUUUAAAGCAUUUAUUAAUCUUUGUUAAUGUUAGCAAAAAUCUAAUUGUUCGUUAACAAAUACAUCUUUGGAUUUUAAAAAUGUAUUACUAAAUGCUGAAAUUGUAAUUGACUAAAGAUUAAUGAAUGUUGUCAUUGUUAGUUCAUGUUUACUAAUAUUAUUGUAUGUUAACAGAUGAAAUCUUAUUAUAAAGAGUUGCCAAAUUAAUAAAUAUUUUAAUAAAUAUUGUUCAAUGUUAGUUCAUGUCAUCUAAUGCAUUUUAACUACUGUUGAAAAUGAGACCUCACUGUAAAGUGUUACCAGUUUAUUUUUUCGUCUAUUUAACUCAGAGUUUUCCAAACUUAAGCUGAAAUUUUAUGGUUCAAGGGUCAACACAAUCCAACAUAUAUUUGUUUGUUGUUGCAAAUACAUGCUUUCGUUUGUAGAUUCUUUUGAUUCACCUUGGUGCUGUUGAUAAUAUCAACCUUUCCUCCUGCUUAUAAUCGUUUUUUUUCCCCCCUCAUCUCAUUAGUAAGUCAAACGUCACAUUUCAGCAAGCUGAAAGUAUUUUUAAUGUAAAUGUGGACAUGUAAACAUUCCAAAAUACAACAGAUACACAAUCGCUCAGAGUCACGUGCACUAAAACAGGAAUAAAUCUUGCAGCGUAAUCUAAAAUCCUUCAUUGAAAACAAUCCGAGCACAGCUUCUUGCUCCAUGAAAAGUUGGGGACACUGUGAUGCUGUUUUAUCAAUGAAGGGAAGUGUUAUCGAAUACUUCAACUCUCAGGUAUAAAGUAAGUUCCUUUUGUGCCGCGUUCAUUUGAAUAUCUUUGUGGUGUUGUUGUUUUGAUGUAAAUGUUCUGUUUUUGUGCAUCAUGUUUUCCCAACAUUUUUCAAGUUCCUGGUAUGUUUUAUUAAGAGAGAAAGUUUUGCUGCAGUGGAUGAAUGAAUUAAAGAGUGACUGAAAGCA